CUUGUCAGUGUCUGUAUUUGUUUAUCAUGCUUUCUGUUUAUUUAUUAUUUAUGUUCCAUCAUGUGUUUAAAAGGAACGCAUUGUGCUGAAUAAGAGUCAUAAUAAAAGUAAACCGAAAGCACUUUUCACACACUGAAGAACUCUUGAGUGCGAACUCUGAGUCUGGGACUUCACGGAAAACCAAACCAAAACAGAAAGGAAGCGGAAGUGAAACAAACCGUAAAUCUGCUCCAUAUGGCGACCAACAAGAAUAAGAUGAGUCUCAGAGAAGAUCUGACAUGUGCCAUCUGCUUUGAGCUCUUCAAAGACCCUGUGAUGCUGGGCUGCAUGCAUCACUUCUGCAGGAGAUGCAUCGUGUCAUACUGGAAGACGGUUAGGGGUCCUGUGUCCUGUCCUCAGUGCAGACAAGAGUUUCCCAACAAAUGCUUCCAGACCAACUACUUAGUAGCUGGCCUUGUGGAGAAGGUCAGGGCCAGCUCCACAUCUGCAUCUGUCAGGUAUCUGGAGAAGCAAUUAAAGGACCGUCUAGAAUCGCAGUUCUCCAUGAAAGAGGCCUACGUCACUAUGAUCCGUGAGGACAAAGACAAGAUGGAGAAAAUAAAAAAAAUGGGAUCUGAGCUGCAGGGGCGAGUGCACAGCGACUUCCAGGCUCUGCAUCACUUCCUGCGGGUGGAGGAGGAAGCCAUGUUGGAGCAGUUGAAGAGGGAGCAAGAGGAAAUGCUGCAGAGGCUGGAGCGACAUCUGGAGGCCCUACAGGUGGCCAUCAGAGACGUGGAGCAGAACAUCAACAUGCUACGACAGACUGCCAGCAGCACAGACCAAUCUGUACUUGUAGAGCUUCCAGAAUUGAAUUUCAGAUCGCCCCUGCAAGAGCUGAAUAUCACCCUGAAUACUUUCAGAAGCAAACACAUUGCUCCUCUUCAAUACACUAUGUGGCGAAAAAUGUUUCAACAUUUGAGUCCAGGCCCAGCACCAUUGAUAUUUAAUGAGGACACAGCUCAUCCCAGUCUACAGCUUUCCAGGAACAAAACCCAAGUCAUCGAGAGCGACAAAAUGACCAGUUACACAUGUGAUGCCAAACGCUUCCUUCAGUGUGUCAACAUUCUUGCAACAGAAGGCUUCCAGUCUGGCAGGCAUUACUGGGAGGUGGAUGUAAGUAACAAUCCUAAAUGGGACCUAGGUGUUGCUCUGGAGUCAGUGAAUCGUCAGGUCAGAGUUAAGCUGUGCCCUGAGAAUGGGUACUGGACCCUCCGGCUGCGCAGUGGCAGCCAGUACUCAGCCGGCACGCAGCCCUGGACGCCACUGACUGUGAUGACCCCACCUAGCAGGAUUGGGGUUUUCCUGGACUGUGAGGAAAGGAAAGUGUCUUUUUAUAAUGCAGAUAACAUGGCGCUGCUGUAUUCCUUCUCCAGCGGGCCGAGAGGAAAAGCGUUCCCCUUUUUCAGCACGUGCCUCAGUGAACGCGGUCAGAAAGCCCAAGCCAUCCGCAUCCUCCACUUCCCCUUUGAGUGUCCAUCAGAGAUGUAAAACAAAGCCUGUAGACACUCUAGUAACCUGAGCUGUGUUCAUGAGUCUGUAUUUGUCUGAGGUUUUCGAUAUUUCACAUUUGGCAUCACUUUUGAUACAUUAAAGCCAUGCAGCUCUCAAAACGCUAAUCAAUCAUGAGGUGAAUAUAUUUUAGGGACCACACAAAAUUCUUAAUUGAUUUUUGUACCAGAUGUCUGUUAAUCGCACAGUUCAGAUUUUACAAGGAUUACUGAUGUUAAUUGAUGACAGUAAAAACAUUGCCAUGUUACCCUCAGCUAAACCUUUAUUUUAUUUUAAAAUCUGUUUUAGAAUCAAAUUCUAUAGAGUCUUUAUUUUUAUAUUUAUGGAAUAUUACGUUUCACAAAUAUGGACAAAAUUAUUUAGCCUUUCACCUACGGUUCUUUCCUUUUUUUUUUAGUUAAUUACAAAUACCGAAGAAAUG